AUGGAUUUCAGCAGUCUCAAAGACCAGGUGAGCAACCUGACCUUGUAUGAUAUCAAGGCGGGUGUUCGCAAAGUUCAAAAUGAAAUGGAGGCCAAGGUCCGAGAAGCCACCAACAAUGAGCCGUGGGGCGCAUCGUCUACCCUGAUGCAGGAAAUUGCGAGUGGCACACAUAACUAUCAUUUACUCAACGAAAUCAUGCCUAUGAUCUACAAACGAUUCACAGAGAAAACGGCAGAGGAAUGGAGACAAAUAUAUAAGGCACUGCAACUUCUCGAAUUCCUUGUCAAGAACGGUUCCGAGCGCGUUGUUGACGAUGCGAGAUCACACCUUUCUCUACUGCGAAUGCUGCGCCAAUUCCACUACAUUGACAAUAAUGGCAAGGACCAGGGUAUUAACGUGCGCAAUCGAUCUCAGGAGCUGGUGAAGCUGCUAGGCGAUGUGGAUGCUAUUCGCGCAGAACGGAAGAAAUCUCGCGCCAACCGUAACAAGUUCGGCGGUAUGGAAGGAAGCAUGGGUGGAGGGUUUUCUAGCGGCGGUGCUAGCGGCGGUAGAUAUGGCGGUUUUGGCAGCGAUUCUUAUGGAGGGUACAGUGGCGGUGUGUUUGGCGACGGAGGUGGAUUCGGUGGUGCGAGCGAUCCUAGCGAUUUCGCAGAUACUGCCCGACGAUCCAGUCGGUUCGAGGAGUACGAUGAAGAUGAUGAGAUAUCCCCCCCUGUUCGACGCCAGGCAGAACCAAGGACACAAGCUAAGCCGCCGCAGCCGCCGCCAAAGCCGCAAGAAGCAGACUUGUUCGACUUUGGUGAUGAGGAAGUGGUAGUGUCUUCUUCGUCCACGGCGGCAGGAAAACAACCAGCAACUAGCGGUAAUGGGCUAGAUGUCCUGGGAGCUGCGGAUGCAGAUGACGACUUCGAUGACUUCCAGUCAGCAUCACCACCUGCAACUACUUCUCAAUUCUCCACGAUAAUCCCCGCUGCGUCGACAGUAACUCCGAGUACCCAAUUUGUUGCCCCCAAGCCAGUCUCAGCAGCCCAGGGCGCCGACUUGACAGGACUCGUAGGGUUUACAUCCGGCACAACCACGCCAGCCAGCUCAACCACAUUAUCACCACCGCCACUAUCUUCAGGAUCUGCAUUUGCAGCUCCAGCUCCAGCUCCAGCCCCACAACAACCUGCCAUUAAACCAUCAGGCUUCCAAGCCGCGACACCAAACUACUAUACAUCCGUCAACGCCGCACUAUCCACACCUACCACCACCACAACCUCAUCAAUUGGCGGCAGACCGAGUGUAGGAAGCAGCACCUCCUUCUCAUCCCUAACCUCACCAACAGCCGCCGCCGCAACCACAAAACCGACAUCAACAUCAAAAUCAAGUGCCGGCGGCGACGUCUUCGGAUCCCUCUGGAGCACCGCCAGCGCCAACGCCGGCAUUCAGAAGAACACCUCCAACAAUAAAGGACCCAAUCUGGCAAGUAUGGCAAAGGAGAAAUCUAGUGCCGGUAUUUGGGGUUCCGCUGGUAGCGCUGGUUUCUCAUCUUCUACCCAGUCAUCGUCCACGAGACCGGGGGGGAAUGGGGAUUUACUUGGAUAG